ACCAGUCACCACUGUCAAAACUGUGAGUCAAGGAAGAGAAGUGCUGAAAAAUCUAAAAAUAUAUUUCGUGUUCUUGCGAGAGACGGUCUGGUUUAUUACGUCGCAAGUACGAUGUAUAUCUCACGGCUGUCGAGACUUCUCGCCCAGACCAAGAGUCACCCGAGGCCGCAGCAGGUAGCACAAAAAAGGACGGCAACGACCACCCCGACUGGUGCCAUUCUUCCCGAGCCUGAGAAGACUCCAUUUGGUCUUCUGGGCAUUGUGUGUGCCGUAGUGCCUGGUCUACUCGUUGGAGCAGCCAUUAGCAAAAACAUAGCUAAUUUCUUGGAGGAGAACGAGUUGUUCGUGCCCUCUGACGACGACGACGAUGAUGACUAGUUUGCGACCGUGCACUAUGUAUUUGGCUCGUAGGAAUAACUUUUUGUACAUACUGUUUUCAAUUUAAUCUAUAAAAAUAUUCUCUUCCAAAUAUAAGCAUAAAUGUAAUUACACCUAAUGUUUUAGUGAAUAGUAAAAAUGCCUUUUAACAGUUUAUUUACUUUAUUAAUAAAUUUUAUGAUACAAUUGUUAUAAAAAGCUACAUUAAAUGGGUGAUACAAUUUGUGCUAAACUGCUUUAUUUAAAACUGUUAUUGCACAUCAAUCAUGACAUUUGAAGUUUAACUCUUUAAUAAAUUAAAUCUUAUUUACAUGAUUACAGGUUGAAAAUCAAAUUAUAUUAAAUUCAAAAAUAUUCCUAUGUACAUCUAAAUUAAUUGAUAGA